AUGUCUUCACAUUAUACCCAGGACUUCUUGCUAAAGCAGGAUAUCAUGGAAUCAUUACAAAAAGGAAUAAGGAGAAAAUAUGGAAGUUGUGGCCUGGACAAGUUACCCCUAAGAAAAGACUGGGAUAGAAUGGGUGAGGGUAAGAAGCAGAAAUUGUGUUACAGUGGACUAGCCCAAAUCUUCUCAACUACACAUAGGACAAUCAUUCAAAGUAAUAAAUGUAUGUGUGUCCUUAGUAAAUCUACAAAUCUAACUAAGCACAAGGUAAGAAAUACAAGAAAGAAAACUUUCAAAUGUAACAAAUGUGCCAAAGCUUUUCAUGACAGGUCAAAUCUUUUUACGUAUAAGGAAGUUAACACAGGACAAAAACUCUAUAAGUGUAAAGAAUGUGGUAAAAUGUUCAACCAGUGCUCUGUUUUUAGUAUACAUAAAAGAAUUAAUACUGGAGAGAAACCCUACAAAUGUGAAGAAUGUGGCAAAGCAUUUAAUCAGUGCUCAGCUCUUACAAAACAUAAGAGAAUUCAUACUGGAGAGAAAUCUUACAAAUGUGGAAAAUGUGGCAGAGCCUUUAACCAGUGCUCAAAUCUUACAAGACAUAAGAGAAUACAUACUGGAGAGAAACCCUACAAAUGUGAAGAAUGUGGCAAAGCCUUUAUCCAGUGCUCAAACCUUAAAAAACAUAAUAGAAUUCAUACUGGAGAGAAACCCUACAAAUGUGAAGAAUGUGGCAAAGCCUUUAACCACUACUCAGCUCUUAAAAGACAUAAAAUAAUUCAUACUGGAGAGAAACCCUACAAAUGCGAAGAAUGUGGCAAAGCCUUUAACUACUGCUCAGCUCUUACAAGACAUAAGAGAAUUCACACUAGAGAGAAACACUACAAAUGUGGAGAAUGUGGCAAAGCCUUUAACCACUCCUCAACUCUUACAACACAUAAGAGAAUUCAUACUGGAGAGAAACCAUACAAAUGUGAAGAAUGUGGCAAAGCCUUUAACUACUGCUCAGCUCUUACAAGACAUAAGAGAAUUCACACUAGAGAGAAACACUACAAAUGUGGAGAAUGUGGCAAAGCCUUUAACCACUCCUCAACUCUUACAACACAUAAGAGAAUUCAUACUGGACAGAAACCAUACAAAUGUGAAGAAUGUGGCAAAGUCUUUAACUACUGCUCACAUCUUAUAAGACAUACAAGAAGUCAUACUGGAGAGAUACCCUACAAAUGUGAAGAAUGUGGCAAAGCCUUUAGCCAGUGCUCAGCUCUUACAACGCAUAAGAAAAUUCACAUUGGAGAGAAACCCUACAAAUGUGAAGAAUGUGGCAAAACCUUGAACAGGUGUUCACACUAA